CUCAUUUCCUCCAAUAUAAAAUUAGGAUUAACCACCUUUUAAACCUUACUCCAUCGUGCUACAAGGGAAUGCUAUUCAUUCAGGAGCUCUGCAGCUGCAAAAAUGUCAUUCACUGACGUACUGGCCAUCACUGGGGGAUUCACUGUUGUCUUCCACCUGCUCAAACUUGCCUGGAGAUGCUGGUGUGGAUUCAGACAGUUUGUUUUGUCUGAGCUUUGGCAAGUGGAUAUAAGGGCUUAUGGGAAAUGGGCAGUUGUCACUGGUGCCACAUCUGGCAUUGGUAGAGCUUACGCUACUGAGCUGGCACGAAGAGGCCUGGAUGUUGUUUUGGUAAGCAGAUCUGAUGUUAAACUUCAGAUGGUUGCCAAAGAGAUAGAGGAUCAGUAUGGACGACAGACCCGCACCAUCCAAGUGGACUUCACAGAAGGCCACAGUAUCUACCCUACUGUGGCCAAAGAACUACAGGGACUGGAGAUUGGAGUUCUGGUUAACAAUGUAGGAAUGACGUGUUCUGAUAAUUUUGCCUAUUUCCUGGAAAUACCAGAUGCUGAACAGAAAAUCACUCAGAUUGUGAAUUGUAACAUGCUGUCAGUCCCUCAGAUGACUAGACUGGUUCUUCCAGGCAUGGUUGAAAGGGGGACAGGACUGAUCAUCAAUAUCUCCUCUGAAGUGGGCAUCCGUCCACAGCCUUUGCUUUCCCUGUAUUCUGCCACAAAGAUUUUUGUCAUAUAUUUCUCUAAGUGUCUGCAUGCUGAAUACAAGUCGAAGGGAAUUAUUGUGCAGUGUGUCACCCCUUUUCUGGUGUCCACCAACAUGACAAAAAACAUAACAGUCAACUGCUUUGUGAAGAGUGCUUCAGGGUUUGCCCGGGAGGCCUUGAACACUGUGGGUCACUCCAGCUACACCAGCGGCUGUCUGUCCCACGCGCUCCAGAGCAUGGCACUAACAAUACUCCUGCCGGACUGGCUUCGUACGUCCUCUGUCCUCAUCAGAAAGCUACAAAGCCGGGCACAAGUCAGCAGAGCGUGCAGGGAAAAGGAGAAGCUCAGUGAAAAGGAGGAGUAGUUGUGUGCAUGCACCUGCACGGAGGACGGAGAUAAAAUUGUGACUCUUAAGCUGAGCGUAGGCAUUAUAGCAAAUUCACUACAGGAUGAUUCAGUGCACUAAUACUGUAAACUGCUGUAUUCUCACUUCCUGAAUUUAGUUUUUAUUUAUCUGUGGAGCGCACAAUGUUCAACAACCAUACCGACUAGAUUUUUUAAGUGUGCAGAGGAGCAUAGCGGACAUUUACAUUCACUUGACAAAAUCAGACACAAUCUCUGUUUGUAUUGCAUUAUCUUUUAAAUACAGAUUUCCUGUUGAUUUUACAAUAUUACAUUUUCAAAGAUAACAGCACACAGUAUAUUUGGCAUAUACUUACUCCUGUGAUUAACAGCAGUUUAAUGUGUACAACUACAGAUCAUUAGUAUACAAGUGUCAGUCCUUUAAGGCUUUUUUCAUUGACCACUGACCACAACUCUGGAUGGAGCAAGCCCUAAGUAUGAAGCCAAGCCAUGCAAAUGGCUUUUUCAGUAACUUCCCACCUUGUGUUUUGUUCAAAGGUGCAUGUAAGUGAUCCAACACUGUAAAUCUACACAUUGACAAAAUUGCACUAACAUUUUUAUUCCAUGUUUUGUAAAUAACGGUAAAUUAAUUGUUGUAAAAAUGUUACAACUUGCUCUGGUUUCCAUGGUCCUGGUCCUUACUGGAUAAAGAUGGACCUCCAAAGUAACCACCA